AUGGGAAAACUGACCAAUUGCUUGAUUGCAGCGAUGAUUGCAAGUCCGUUUGUAAUCAAGUAUCUCAGACAUCGCAGAUUGUUCAAAUUCGUGAGAAUGAAGCCGCAAUUAGAGGAAACAGAGUCGGGAACAGAAGUACCAGAACUUCCUCAAGAUCACUACAUACGAAUUCCGGCGUUUGCGGUGCCAGCUGUUAUCGGUAAACGUGGAAUGACUUUGAGAAAACUGAUGUAUGAUUCACAGACCGAGUGCGUGCUUCGUUCAUAUAAACCAGAAGAGCUUGACGUCUCCAUCGAUGAAAUAAACCCAGAUACUGAAUGGAGUGAGAAAUUUGAAACGGAUGACUGGUUUGCGGAAGCAUCCGAAGAAGCUCGUCAUAAGAUCACUUACCUGCUGGUUCGUACAUCGGAUACUCGGAAACUUCAAAUGGUUCGAUUGAGAAUAGCGGAAAUCAUUGAAGUCAUUCAGAGACCGUGGAAAUCGGCUGAAUUCGAAGUCGAGUCUCAUAUGGUUGGAUAUCUCGUUGGUCGUGGCGGUCGUAACAUCAAAUCACUCCGCGACAAAUUCACCGUUCAGAUCCAAAUUUCUGAUCCUAUUCCUGAUAAUCCAUCAAGAUCGAUAGUAACUGUCCGUGGGCGAGACUUGACAGCAUUGAAAGAAGUUGAAAUUGUUAUGAAAGAAACUGUACUUCCAAAGAAUUACAAUCGUGUUCCGAAGUUCGAUGAAGAUACUUUGGUGGAGAAUGGAAUCUACGAGAAUGUUGAGGAAGAACUAGAAGAUUUGAGAAGAGCUGGGGAGCUCUUAUCUCAAGGAUUCUUCUGA